UCAGAGAAAGUGCGACAAAGAGAUUAUCUUCAGCUCAUGAUUGACGCCCAGAACCGCAUGAAUAAAGAUACUGAUGACCAGGAUGUCGACGACCUGGAUGAAAAUAUAUAUGGCAAAUGGCAAAACUAUGGCAAAAUACAGACUACGGAAACAUCAGAUAUUAAUAAUUCAAACAAAUCAAAGAGCACUGGUAUGUCUGAUGCAGACCUUAUAGCCAAUAGUUUCCUAUUUCUUGUGGCCGCCUACGAAACAUCCGGUGCUUUGCUAUCAUUUUUAUUAUACAAUCUGGCGGUCAAUGAGAAGUGUCAGCAAAAACUGUAUGAAGAAGUGAAUGGUUUGGACGGAAUGUAUGAUUACGAGAGUGUCUCCAAAAUGCCGUAUUUGGAGGCAUGUAUUGCCGAAACACUUCGACUCCAACCUCCACUUCCGGCCACUCAUAGGCACGCGUCUCAGGAAUAUACUCUCGAUUGUAAUUGGCUUACAAUUCCCAAGGGGAUGAUGGUCAUUUUUGAUAUCUAUGCCCUCCAUCACAAUCCCGAGUACUACCCAAACCCAGAGGUCUGGGAUCCCGAGAGGUUUAUGCCGGAGAAUAGGGACCAAUUGACUCCAUAC